UGAUGAAACUGCCACGUAGAGGACCAACUGUGCACGCUUCGCUGCUGGCUCUGCAGCAUUUGUUCAAGUGUUUUAGUUCGUCCUGCUGGGUGGCAGCAUGCUGCUGACCGUGCUGAGCUGCUUCUGCUCCUCUCUGCUGGCGUCGGUCAGCGGGGGAAAGCUGCCCGAGGCUGAGGUGAAGAUAGAAGUCCUUCACAGACCUUUUAUCUGUCAUCGAAAAUCAAAGUACGGAGACAUCCUGCUGGUGCAUCAUGAGGGAUACUUUGAGAAUGGCACCAUGUUUCACUCCAGCCGGGAUCAUGGUGACAAGCAGGCGGUGUGGUUUACACUGGGCAUCAGAGAAGUGAUCAAAGGCUGGGAUACAGGCCUGCAGGACAUGUGCUCUGGGGAGAAGAGGAAGCUGGUCAUACCUCCAGGUCUGGCCUAUGGGAAGGAAGGGAAAGGUAAGAUCCCACCUGAGAGCACACUGACCUUCAUCAUCGAGGUGCUUGAGAUCAGAAAUGGACCGAGGUCACAUGAGUCCUUCCAGGAGAUGGACCUAAAUGAUGACUGGAAGCUUUCUAAGCAUGAGGUGAAAGAAUACCUGAGGAAAGAGUUUGAGCGUCACGGCUACCCUCCCAAUGACACUCUACAUGAGAACAUGGUGGCGGAUAUCUUUGCCAAAGAGGAUGAGAACAAAGACGGCUUCAUAUCUUCCAGAGAGUUUACUUACAAACAUGACGAACUUUAAAGUCGCUGUGUGUGCCACGACUCACACAUGCAGUCUUCCCGUCUAGAAAUUUUGGUAUUUACUUGACACACGACACACUCUCUCUCAGGUUACGUGAAGGUCUUUUUUUUUUUUUUUCUUUCUUUAAAGAAGCUUUGUGUUUGUGAGGUGUGUGACAUGAAACUGCUCCUGUCUUUUUGUGAGGUGGGAUUUGAGCCAACAGAAUCAGAAGUUGUUUUUCUUUAGCAGGUCUUUGCAAUUUUUUUAUCCCAACAGGGUCCCUGAAAAGCUCUUGUAGCACAUUUACAUAUCUGAAAAUUAGACUGGGCUAAAAUGGUUCCACUUCAUCUUGCGUACGUUGUACAUACAUUGUAUUAACUAUACUUGUUUGCAGAAUGUCUAAAGCCAAAUAAAGGGACUGAGUGCUUAUAGUGA